AUGGCGGAGCCGGCAGCCGACGACCCGGAGCUGGCCGCGCUGGAGCAGCUAGCGGACCAGAUUCAGGCAACUGAAGAAGACGAAGAGGGUGCCGCGCACGACUGGGAGCAGGCAGCCGGCGGCGGCGGCGGCGGUGGCGGCGGUGGUCCGUGGGUGCGCGACUGCUGGGAGUCUGCGGUCGAUAUGAACAGCGGCACGCGAUACUGGUUCAACAGAGCGACGGGUGUGAGCCAGUGGCAGCCACCGGCGGGGUGGUCCACAGCCAGCCAGCCCGGUGGCCCGCCUGGUGCCGCCGAGCAGCCACAGCGCGGCACAGAGCAGCCAGCGGCGCCGGCGCUAGCGGGGGAGGCUGGCGGGGCGCAGCAGCCGCACCAUGCAGCCCAGCGUGACUACAAGCCAGGGCUGUACUACCGCGAUGCCGCCGGGCAGCUGCAGGGGCCUUUCACCACUGAGCAGCUGCGGGACGGCGAUGACGCCAAGGAGGGCGCUAGCGGCGACGGUGCCAGCAAGGCAGCCGGGGAAGGGACCAGCAGCGCCGGCAGCAGGCCUGGGGGUGACAGCGGCGGCGAUGCGCAGUCGCAGGGUGGCGCGGCGGCAGGGGAGGCCGGGGCGCGCUGGUCGCAGGCGGAGCUGGCGGAGGUAGUGGGGGAUGAGGAGCUGCUGGCUCGCUGGCGCAUGGAGAAUCCGGAGCAGGCACGAGCGGCCCCGCCGCCACCACACUUGCCUGCUGCCUGGCCCGGCGCCGCGACCCCCGCGGCGGCGUACGAGGCGGAGCGCCAGCGCGGCAGCGCCCACUCCCUGGCCGAGGCGGUGCUGUUUGGGCUGCCCGCGCACGACGAGGCGGUGGCGGUGGCGCGCAUGGCGGCCAGCUCGGGUCGCUCCAUCCAGGAGGUGGUGGCCUGGGCCCAGGAGCAGUCUGUGGAUUACGGCGCCACCGCGUACCGAGUGGCGGCCAGGGGGCGCAUCCAGGCGCCCGGCGCGCCGGAGUCGCUGUAUGCUGAGGUGGCCAGCUGGGCCAACCCGCACGAGCUGGAGCAGCAGCUGGCCAAGGCGGCGGAGCGUCGCAAGCGGGCGCUGACCGGGGAGGAGCUGCGCCAGGUGAAGCAGCGCAAGCAGGAGAUGAAGGAGAAGAAGCGCACGGCCUGGCUGUUCACGUGA